GGAGACUUAAUAUGAACUUGGCUAUGGUUAGUAGCUCUGUGGACAAUGAUACAGCUCCUCGGCAACUCUAUGUCCCGACAAUCCAAACAACCACCGUUGAGCCCCUUUUCAGGGGAUCAUCCACAAAGAACCCUAACCCUUGGGAGUAAGCACAGCCUGUAAAAACUGCACAUGCAACAACAAAAAGUUGAAUGAGCACGCAUCACAUGCACUCACUUUCGAGUGACUCAACCCUCACAAAUCAACAUCGCCACGCUCCUUUUCCAAGACCCAAUUUUGAGUUUUAAGGACUGUAGUCCGUGAAUUUUGAAAAGCCACCAAACCAAAGACGCCGUUACCAGCAACAUCAGUCAUCACACGUCCUCCCAACUCAAGCACCAUCCAAAAGAUCAUGAUGGCCUCAACAUCACCACCUCCCACAACUUCACCAGCCAUGUCAUCCACCACAACCACCGCAACAACCAAACCCUGCGUCAAAUGCCGUUCCAACCCAGGAACCCUCGACUCCCGCGGCCAACUCGUCUGCCGACUCUGCUUCCAAAAAUUCAUCUCGGCAAAAUGCAUCAAACAAAUCGGCCUGCUAAACAAAGACGUGCGCUCCUCCUCGUCUUCCGCCCUCUCCGAUUAUCACUCCACCCAAAAAAAUGCCGGUCCGCCCCAGGCUUCCUCCCGCCGGUAUUUGUUGGGAUUGAGUCUGGGACCGAGCUCAGCGGCGUUGUUGGAGCUGUUGAAUGAGAAUGUGGAGUUUCAAGUGGGGAGGGGGAGGAAUGCGCCUUUUGAGUUGGGGGUGGUGCAUGUGAGUGGUGCUGGGUUGGAGGGGGAUGGGAAGGGGAGGGAGAGGGAGAAGGUGGAAGAGGUGGUGAGGAGGUUGGGGAGGAGGUAUCCGAGGUUUGAGUUUAGAGUGGUGUACCUGGAGGAGGUGGUUGGGUUGGAGACUGUGGAUUGGGAGGGGUUGGGGUUGGGGUUGGGGUUGGGGGGUUUUGUAACUGAGCAGAAGGACGAGACCGAGGUGACGACGACGACAAAGGCAGAGAGACUGCGGCAGCUGUUCGACAACCUCCCCUCCUCUACCACCUCCCGCACCGAUCUCCUCCGCCUCUUCACUCGGCACUUACUCAUCGCCGAAGCGCGCAAGAGCCAGUGCCACGCUUUGCUAUUGGGCAGCAGCACCACCGCCUUGGCUGAGUUGACGCUGUCCGAGACGGCGAAGGGGAGAGGGUUUUCGUUGCCGUGGCAGAUUAAUGAUGGGGUGUUGGGGGUUCCUUCUUUCAGCCCCAACUCUUCUUCUUCCUUGAAGACGGAUGAAACAGGAAUACUAAUCUACCACCCCCUCCGCGACGCUCUACGAAAGGAGUUGGUAACCUUUACCAAACUUAGCGGCGAGCCAACACCGAUUGCUGAUUUACUUCCCGAGACCGACCUGACAACGACAGCGGCGGUGGUUUCGCACAAGGAUCUGAGCAUUGAGGAGGUGAUGGUUAGGUAUUUUGCGGAUGUGGAGGAGAAUUAUCCGAGUAUUGUGGCGAAUGUGGCGAGGACGACGGGGAAGUUGAUGAGGUUGUUUGGUGGUGGUGGUGCUGGAGCGGAUGGGGAUGAGGGAGUUAGAAGUAAGACAGAGGGAGAAGAUGAAAAUGAGGAGGAGGAUGAUGAUGAUGAGGAGAGGCUGUGCGGUCUGUGUAGUAUGCCGCUUGAUGAGUUUGGGGAUCAGCGGUGGAAGGGAGAGUUGGGAGAGGAUAAUUAUCGGGAUGUUGUGGUAGGGGGUGAGGGAGAGAAGAAGACGAAGCAGAGGAUAUGUUAUGGGUGUGAGAGGUCGAUUCGGGGGUAGUAGAUAGUGUUCAGCAUCUUCGUUGUGGAAAAAGGAAGAUAGAUAGAGAGCACCCGACUGGCGUAGGUCAUAACGAGAUACCAUUAGACA